AUGGUGCCAAUAUUCUCAUUCCUCCUCCUGUUUGAUUCUUCUGUUUCUUGCCAAAGAUAUUCUUCCAUUCAAAUUCUCAUAUUUUCUCUUCAUAAGAACUACACAUUCUUUCAUAGCAACUCUCCUUGCAUUGGUUCCUUCCUGUUUCAUUUUUCCAACCUUUCAGCUACACUUUCUCUCAUAGCAACUCUUCUUGCAUUGGUUCCUUCCUGUUUCAUUUUUCCAACCUUUCAGCUACAAUUUUUUCUCAUAGCAACUCUCCUUGCAUUGCAACUCUCCUUGCAUUGGUUCCUUCCUGUUUCAUUUUUCCAACCUUUCAGCUACACCUUCUCUCAUAGCAACUCUUAUUGCAUUGGUUCCUUCCUCAGUUUCAUUUUGAAUCUUUUCACCUACACCUUCUCUCAUAGCAACUCUCCUUGCAUUGGUUCCUUCCUCAGUUUCAUUCUGAAUCUUUUCACCUACACCUUCUCUCAUAGCAACUCUCCUUGCAUUGGUUCCUUCCUGUUUCAUUUUUCCAACCUUUCAGCUACACCUUCUCUCAUAGCAACUCUCCUUGCAUUGGUUCCUUCCUCACAACUCUCCUUGCAUUGGUUCCUUCCUGUUUCAUUUUUCCAACCUUUCAGCUACACCUUCUCUCAUAGCAACUCUUAUAGCAUUGGUUCCUUCCUCAGUUUCAUUUUGAAUCUUUUCACCUACACCUUCUCUCAUAGCAACUCUUCUUGCAUUGGUUCCUUCCUCAGUUUCAUUUUGAAUCUUUUCACCUACACCUUCUCUCAUAGCAACUCUCCAUGCAUUGGUUCCUUCCUGUUUCAUUUUUCCAACCUUUCAGCUACACCUUCUCUCAUAGCAACUCUUAUUGCAUUGGUUCCUUCCUCUGUUUCAUUUUGA